UUAUAUGUCGACAGGGCAUUUUCUUUUUUAAUUUUAAUUUUAUUUUUAGAAGAGCAUUGUUUUGCUGUGAGUUUGAGAGGACAAAGAUUGAGACUGCAGGACCACCACGUGUAACCACACCUGCCACUAGAGAGGAGAGACGACCUUGCUUUUUUUCAUUGGAAAGCAAAAUUCCAAGCUCUAUAAUGCAAAUUUGCAGUAAAAGCUCUGCAACUCCCAAAUUUAACAAUCAGCCGGAAUAAUUAAGCAACACGAACACAAAUGUCUUCCAUGCCUUUCUCUACGACUUUCUCUGCACCUUUAUAUGCUUCUUUCUGUAACAAGGCUAACCCAAAUUCUUCUCCUUUAUGGCCGUCCAUGGCUACAUCAAUCAAAUCCUCACUUGGGUCCUCCAAAUCAAUCUUCUUCCGUAACGGGUUCUCUUUACAAUCAUCAAACCUUCCUGGGGUUUUCUUGAAAUCUCGAUCUUCUUUUUCUGGUAUCUAUGCAAGAGCAGCCACGGAGAAGACACUGUAUGACUUCAAUGUUAAGGAUAUUGAUGGAAAGGAUGUUCCUCUUAGCAAAUUCAAGGGAAAGGUUCUUUUGAUUGUCAAUGUUGCUUCGAAAUGUGGUUUAACAUCUUCAAAUUACUCAGAACUAUCACAUUUGUAUGAGAAAUACAAAACUCAAGGAUUUGAGAUACUAGCUUUCCCCUGCAAUCAGUUUGGUGGUCAAGAGCCUGGAUCAAACCCAGAAAUCAAGCAGUUCGCUUGUUCAAGGUUUAAAGCCGAGUUCCCGAUUUUUGAUAAGGUUGAUGUGAAUGGACCAAGCACAGCUCCAGUUUAUCAGUUCCUAAAAUCAAGUGCAGGAGGUUUCUUAGGUGACUUAAUCAAGUGGAACUUUGAGAAGUUUUUGGUGGACAAAAAUGGUAAAGUUGUUGAGAGGUACCCGCCAACAACGUCUCCUUUCCAAAUUGAGAAGGAUAUGCAGAAGCUACUUGCAGCAUGAACAACACAGUUUCUGUGGUUGGGAAGGUGAAUGUAGUGAAUGCAUGUAAAUUUCUGGAUAAAGAGUUAUGAUAUAUAUUUGUCAAUAUGGCACAGUGGUAGAAGUUUUUCCCACUUUGUUACGUCUGAUGCAUAUUUUUGUUUCACUACAGUUUAUCAAAUAGAAGUAUUACUUUCCAAUAAAAUUGUAAUUUAACAAAUAGUAUCAAUUUUUUUUUUUUUAAUGUAUUUCGAUUUAUUUUGGAGAA